AUGAAAUCGACAACGGUGUCCGCGGCCGUCCGCAAGAAGAUCUUGAAGACUUUGUUCGUCUCACUACUUCUGGAUUUGGUAUUUGCUGACUGCGACGGCGAUUGCUUGGAUGAACAGAUUUCCUUCACUUUCAUUCUCCCCUUGUUCCCCUCCGUGCUCAGUUAUUACCGGUCCAAGGAUGAUUCUCCCACCAGCCUUCUCAAUGGCAUGUUCCACUAUCUCAACGCAUACAAAAACUCCUUCUCCAGGCCCAUUGACUCCCGAUAUGACAUCAUUCUCCUCGGCGGCGCCUUUGGUUCGUUAUUCUCUCUCCUCCAGGCUAUCGCGGCCCCGUUCAUCGGUCGAUUGUCUGAUCACCAUGGCCGCCGUCGCGCUAUGUUGUUCUCCAUGGUGGGAAAUAUUCUAAGCGUUGCGUUAUGGGUGGGCGCAACCGAUUUCCGGACAUUUCUUGCCAGUCGCGUUGUAGGGGGACUGACGGAAGGCAAUGUCCAGUUGGCCAAUGCAAUUGUUUCCGACAUCAGCGAUGAAACACAGCGGGGAUCCGCCAUGGCUCUUGUCGGCGCAUGCUUUAGUAUCGCAUUUACAUUUGGGCCUGCUUUGGGGGCGGCGCUGUCCACAAUUGACAUGAUGGCUUCGAAUAAAUUCGCCGUUGCGGCAGGUGUGUCGCUGUUGCUCGUCGUGGCAGAGACUUCCUACAUUUACUUUGCCCUGCCGGAGACGCAUCCUCGACUUCGCAAUUUAACAGUUGCAAUUCCCGAGAAUAGUUCAUCCAAGACGCCUCCAGAGAUUCGGGUCUAUGGAGGCACAUCAAUGAAUGGCAACGGAAAGCCGCUGACCAACGGAAAUGUUCAAUCACUGGCCGCGAAAACGGACAAGCGACACCCAAGCACCAUGGCAACUCUGAAGCUCUUACAUUUUCUUUUUUUGGUCUCUUUUUCUGGGCUGGAGUUCUCACUCCCCUUCGUUACGGCCGCCUUCUACAGCGAUCGUCUCCCGCAUAGCAGUCCAUCGGCCUUGAAUGGCCGUCUCCUGUCGAUGAUAGGCUUGAUUGCAUCGCUCUUACAAGGUACCAUCGUUCGCCGCGUCCCACCACUGAUGGUUGUCAAAAUUGGAGUGACCGCGUGCGCGAUCUCCUUUUUUAUGCUGGCAAACGCCACUUCAACCACGGGACUGUAUAGUGCCGGUGCUCUGCUCGCUGUGACUUCGGCGACGGUGGUGACGGGCAUCAACAGCCUGGGCAGUUUAGAGGCGGGAGAGAUUGAGCGUGGAGCGGCACUUGGUCAACUGCGUAGUUGGGGUCAAGUCGGUCGAGCCUUGGGGCCUCUAUUGUUCUGUUCCCUGUUCUGGUGGGCCGGAAGGGAAGUGGCUUAUACAACGGGCGGAGCGAUGAUGGUGGGUGUGGGUGUGAUCGUCUUCACCAUGCUUCGUUCUCCAAGCCAGCGGGCGGGCAAGGCAUGA